UUGUUACAUACAUUAAUUAGUACAACAUAAUUUCUUCUUUGAACCUCCUUAGUGUAUAGCCUACUGAUAACGUACGACAUAACAAUGAUUUUCUUGUAUUCCAAAAAAUACUACAAUGUAUCCCGUUUCUUCAUCAUAUUAAUCAUUUUUUCGUUCUUUCAUCCUCGUAUACUCGUAAGAGCACAAUACAAUGAAUACAUACAUGGUCGUCGCCGUACCUCUGAAUCGAGUUGGGGCGCGCUUAAUGAGGGUUUACUUAUCGUGGUAUCCGUCGUCCUGCUCGUUGUUGUUUACUACUUAGUAGCUCGUAGUUGUUUAAACCGCCACCGUGGGAGGUCGGCUCAAGAAACAGCCCCUCGGGCUCAGGUUGGGCUCGACUCGUCUGUCCUCGAGACUUUUCCAGUGAUUGUAUACCCCAAUGUGUCGGGCCUCGGGGUUGAUAAGGGCCCGUCAGAGUGUGCGGUGUGCUUGAGCCUGUUUGAGGAGAAUGAGAAAUUACGUAUGCUGCCAAAGUGUAAACAUGUGUUCCACCUUGAUUGUGUGAACCGCUGGUUAGCGGGCCAUACUACAUGCCCGUUUUGCCGGGACGACCUCGCUCCCCCUCCCCAACCCGUUGGUUCAACGCAGAUAGGACCGGGCUGUGUUGAUGGGUCGGGGAGCAGGUCAGGAGUAGAGGCUAAUGUUGCGGCGAACAACAUGGUGUAGAUUGUACUAUUGUAGAAUGAGCCAGAUAAUUAUGUGAAGAUUAUGAUACGCCUUAGUCCUUACCCUUUAGUAUUCUCCCUAAAAGCUAGCUGCUUUAGAGCGGAUCUUACUACAUGUACACCUGGUGUAUAAGACAUCAUGUACAUCAUGCUUUUCCAUUGGUUGAAAUGACAUAUUUAUUGUCUUUCAUUCUCA